AUUACGGGAAAUAUUCUCAUCAUCUGGAUUUUUUUUAAGCUGAGACGCCGAAAGCGUUCCUCAUUUCUUCUGAUCGGUUUGGGCGUGGCUGAUUUACUGGUUGGAGGACUGGCCAUUCCUCUUCUCAUAGCAACAUAUGAAUCAGCUUCAAUAACAGUAUGGCGUGUUUUCGACCUUGUUGACAUGUUUACAAGUACAUCGUCCAUUUAUGCACUUGCUGUUAUUUCCGUGGAGAGGAUGUUCGCCAUCGGUUGGCCUCUUCGUCAUAGAACUGCAAACUUUCGUGUUUAUAUAUGUGCUAUUGCCCUACCGUGGAUCAUAGCAGCAAUAUUCGCUAUAACACUUUUCGUUUAUGCAAACUUCAACUUCAUGACAAGGGACAGCGUAAUCUACCUCAUAGUUUUGUUACCUGCAAUACCUCUAUUAAUUAUGUGUGUAGCGUAUUAUGUUAUUUGGAGGAAACAAAAAUCAACAAUAUGUAACCAAAACAAUAUCAUCAGAGAAGUCAAAUUAGCGAAAACAUUAUUUUUGAUAACAGGAGCUUCUGUUUUCACCUGGCUCCCCUUCCAGAUUCUUAACCUGUUGGUAUAUUUGCAAAUAACCGCAAACUUUUCUCAUAUACUACCAACGGCACUCAUUAUCAGGGUUUUGCAAUAUAGCAAUUCGUUCGUGAACGUAAUUAUUUAUCCAUUAAGAAUUCCAGAAUUUAAAAACUACCUGCUACACUUACUUCGUUGUUGUGUAGUUCACCGUCAG